AUGACAUAUAGUGUGGUGGUAGACGGCAGCGACAAUAAUUCACCACUGAGGUCGCCAUCACGAAUGCACCGUUCCGGUCAUGUAAGGGAUAACAUUGGAAAGGAUUUUGGAAAGUAUGAACUGUGCGUGUUGGUGAUUACACAACUGAGCUACAUACCAAUCACAACGACUAUGUUAUCUACCGCAUUUUACGAACCUACACAGCACACAUGCUCGCUUUUGAAUCAAACAGGGGAUGCAGAGAAUUCUGUUCCAAUUGAUCCUGAGAUGACUGAUGCCGAUUUCAAUUCCAUACUGCUUGAUUGGGGUGAAGCAUGCCAACAAUCCGCCUUGACUGCAUUCAUGUCGACGACCUUAAUGGCUGGUGCUUUGUCCGGAUCGUUUGUUGCUGGAUGGUUGGCUGAUGCUUAUGGACGAUUGCUAGUGGUGAAAGCAUGUCUACUGUUAGUAUGCGCUGUUAACGGCAUGUUUUCUUUUCUUGCCACCACAUCAUGGUUGCUGUCAGCCGCAUUUUUGUUUAUCCUGGGUGCUGGAUGUGGCGGAUAUAUGGUAACGAAUCUGGUCCUUCUCAUUGAAUGCUUAGAUCAUCCCAGAUCGAGGCUUUUGGCUGUAUCAUUGAACGGAUGGAGUUUUUCCAUGGUUUUUGUUGCUUUCCUGGCUCGGUUCACGCAGCACUGGUUCUCGUUCCACCUUCUCACCGCUUUAUUGGCUUUCCUUGCAUUCCUAGCAUUCCAAAUUUGGGUUGUGGAAAGCUGCCGAUGGCUAGCUGGUGUGCACCGCACUGCUGAGGCCAGAUCUACAGCCAUGCAGGUUAUGUCAAAGCGUGCAGAGGCAGUGCAGUCCUCUGCUGAUUGUCACUGGUGGGAAAUACUUGGAUUCUCUCAGCCAAUGAUAUCUGCGCCGGAUAGAAAGGAUGCUGCGAGGAAAUAUACGUAUUCGGAUCUAUUCAGUCAUCCAUCUGUUUACAUUCCGUUGAUAGCGUUGUGCUACUGCUUCGUGUCAUCUUCUGUAGUUUCUUUCGGGUUUUAUUUCAAUGCCGAUGCUUUACCCGGGAAUCGGUAUUUGAAUAUGGCUUUCAUGGGACUAUUGAAGUUCAUCCUAGGUCUUUUACCGUUUGCUGUGUCAUCAUUUGUUGGUCGCCGGCCAAUAAUUUCUACAUCUGUCGGAUUAGCAUGCUUAGGAGCAUGGCUUACUGUAGUGAGUCAAUUAUGUGGUGCCUCUGCUGGCCACUGGUCGCUGGCUGCCCUAUCCUUAGUUGUUUCUGGUGCACUGGACCCAGCGUGGAAGAUCAAUCAUCUGUACUCGGCCGAGCUCUUCCCUACCGUAGUUCGAAAUAUGGCACGAGCUGUGUGCAACGUUGCUGCAAGGCUGGGAUCAGUAGCUGCGCCAAUGGUGGUUCACCUUCGGACAACACACUAUCUUAUACCGUAUCUAGCAUUUGCUGCAUUUCUCACGAUACAACUUGUCGUUGUGGCAGCUUUUAUCCCCGAGACUAAAGAUAAACCUCUUCCGGAAGAACUACCGCCUUCGACCGAUGCUGCAGCACAAAGUGAGCGAAUGCUUGAAUGCAAGGAAGUGGUAAGAAGUCUGUAUUGGAAAAGGAAUAGAAGGUUUUUUACCUCCGUAGGAGAACCAACACGAAAACCAAAGAAAGAAGGGAACCAAGGAAAUGGUAAUUAG